AUGUCAGCCUUUCCACCGCACCACACGAUCCCCUCGAUACCGAUCCCGCAAGAAAUCGCCCUCAAAUUCCUCUCCAACUACCUCGAAGCCACUAAAACCUCCCCGUAUUUGCUUCCGAAUGCACGACUAGAAUCUUCUGGGCCUACAGCUGGAUCCAGCGCCUCAUCAGUUACGAUCCACAAUUUACGGCGCGUGGAAGCAGGAUUACGAGGAGAAUGGCUUGCGCCAACGUUGGACUUAGAGGAGGGUAUUGUCACCGUUGCGGAAGGAAUGGACGAUGGGAUGAAUAAGGGACAGGCCGUCAAUGAGGAGGGCGAAGCAGAAGGUUGGAUGGAUUUGGAUGAAUAUCAGAGAGAGCAGAGUAUUGAAGGCGGAGAAAUCGGGGAGAGGCUACCAGGCGUUGCUGAGGUGUCGAAGCCAAUAGACAGGGUGGCCAGGAAGAGGGAGAAGAAGGCGCGGCUGAUACAAGAAAGGAAAUUGAAGAUGCAAAAGCUACGAUCCAAGGCAGAAUAA